GUUGAGGGAGGCUUACCUGUUCCUCUCUUAACUUGUGCUCUCCUGUUCUCCAGCAUGGUGUGCUUGUGGUUCCCCAGGGGCACCUGGAUGGCAGCUCUGACUCUGAUGCUGAAUCCUCCUCUGGCUUUGUCCAGGGACACCCGACCUUCACAGUUCAUAGUUCAGUUCAACUUAAAAACAAAACCCAGAAGAAUGUACAGAACAAGUUUCCUGGACCAGGCUAAGGCUGAGUGUCACUUCACCAACGGGACGGAGCGGGUGCGGUAUUUGGACAGAUACAUCUACAACCGGGAGGAGUACGUGCGCUUCGACAGCGACGUGGGGGAGUACAGGGCGGUGACGGAGCUGGGGCGGCGGAGUGCUGAGUACCUGAACGGCCAGAAGGAGCUCCUGGAGGAGAGACGGGCCGCGGUGGACACUUACUGCAGACCUAACUACGGGGUUGGUGAGAGCUUCAUGGUGCAGCGGAGAGUUGAGCCUGUGGUGACUGUGUAUCCGGCAAAGACUCAGCCCCUGCAGCACCACAACCUCCUGGUCUGCUCUGUGAAUGGUUUCUAUCCAGGCCACAUUGAAGUCAGAUGGUUCCGGAAUGGCCAGGAGGAGGAGGCUGGGGUUGUCUCCACAGGCCUGAUCCAGAAUGGAGACUGGACCUUCCAGAUCCUGGUGAUGCUUGAAACCAUUCCUCAGGGUGGAGAUGUUUACUCCUGCCAAGUGGAGCACCCAAGCCUGAAGAGCCCUGUCACAGUGGAAUGGAGGGCACAAUCUGGAUCUGUGCAGAGCAAGAUGCUGAGUGGAAUCGGGGGCUUGGUUCUGGGUCUGCUCUUCCUUGGGGCGGGGCUGUUCAUCCACUUCAGGAAACAGAAAGGACUCCUGAGCUGAAGUGAAGACGGUGACACUCAAGGAAGAACCUUCUCUCCCAGCUUCUUCACACCAUGAAAAGAUGUGAGCUUCACUCUUUUUCUUCCCCAAAGAGUGUGGUUCUUCAGUAUCCGGCUCACUCCUGGUUCACUGACCCUAGAGAAAAUGUCAACCUUGAUGAGUUUCCUCAUCCCCCGGCCUUGGUCUGGAGGUCCCCAAUGUUGCUUAGAGUGUCUUGUUUUCCUUUUUCCCAGUUUCCUUUUUAUUCAUCCUUACUCCUCCCCAUUCAUCUGAACUCACCAUCUGCUCACAUUGCCUCAUAAAAGUUUUCUGAAAUCAACAUGGAAUAAAAAUCAUCUUUUUCCUACAGCUUCAAGAAAAAGAAGUAGAAAUAAGAGAUAAAAUGAGGAUUGCAUUGUAACACAGUAAUUGCUUUCACUUAUAUUCCUGAAUUUUGGACAUAUAUAGAUCUGGAAGCUUUUCUUGCCUGCUUUUUCUUGGGUUUUCUGUGUCCUGUAAGGAACAUUUCACCGUGCUAGGAGAAGGCUCUUUAAUGCACCCAGAUCAUGGUAGUCUCCUACACCUUUACAUCAUCAAAGAUAAAUACACAGGUCCCUUUCUAGCAUGGGCUACAAAUGAGAGACAACAAACAUGAGAAACUGUGGUGUCUGGAACUAUUAGGUUGUCAGUAUUUUUAAUUCACUUCUGCAUGAAGGCCUAUAUAUUCUUGCCAGGCAGCAUCAGUUCAUGUUUUGAAUUUUUGUGUGUGUGUGUGUGAACAUACUGAGUAUGGAACACCACGCAUAAACCCAAUGACAAUUUUAAAACAAGUAAACAAGAGUAUUGCUUGCUUGUUUUAUUUUUAGAACUCAACAUGCUGAUACUUAAAAAAUUUUUUUAAGAAAACUGUAUUUCCCAAGGGAAUUUUAUUAAAAAGGAGCAUAAUGAGGAGUGACCAACUCUAUAAUAUGCUAAAAUAUAUUAUACAUCGAUUUUAGUAAACAGGUUUUUGGUAUUCAUGGUUGGGUAAAUGCAUCCAUGAAACUGAAUCUAGAAUUAGAUGCCAAAACAUUUGAGGUUUACUUUAAGAUAAAUGGAGAGUUUCUGGUAAGGCCUAUCCUAAACUCAUUCCUUUCAACAAAUUAUAAAGAAAGUAUAAAAUUAAUAAGCAGAGAUAUUAUUUAUUAUCUUUAUUACUAUCACCAUCUUUUGUAUAUCUAAACCUUUCUAAACCCUGAUGUAUUUCUGGUGGACAUGUAUGAUGUUACAACCACUUUGGAGAACAGUUUAGGAAUUUCUUAAAAACUUAAACAUCUGUCAUAUUGUUUUGUUAGGUGACAUCAAGUCAGUUCUGACUCACAGUGACUUUAUGUAUAACAGAUCAAAGCGUCUGGUCCUGCACCAUUCUCGCAACUGGUGAGAUGUUUGAGCCCAUUGUUGCAGACACUGUGUCAUUGUCAGUCCAUCUUGUUGAGGGUUUUCUUCACUUUCACUGACCCUCUACUUUUCCAAGUAUGGUGUCUUUCUUCAGGGAUUGUCCCCUCCUAAUUAUAUGUCCAAAAUAAGUGAGAUGAAGUCUCACCAUUCUCACCUCUAAGGAGCAUUCUGGCUGCACUUCUUCCAAGACAGACUUGUGGUUCUUCUGGGAAUCCAUGGCAUAUUCAAUAUUCUUUGCCAACGCCAUAAUUCAAAAGCUCCAGUUCUUCUUUGGUCUUCCUUAUUCAUUGUCCAGCUUUUGCAUGCACAUACGGCAAUUGAAAAUACCAUGGUCAGGCCCACCUUAAUAUUCAAAGUGACAUUUUUGCUUUCUAACACUUUAAAAAAGCAUUUUCCAGUAGAUUCUCCAAAUGCAGUACAUUAUUUAUUUUCUUGACUGCUGCUUCCAUGCGUGUGGAUUGUGGAUCCAAAGGAAAUCCUUGACAACUUCAGCAUUUUCUCCGUUUAUCAUGAUGUUGUCAUAUGACCCAACAAUCCACUACAUGAAACUUACACAAGGGAAAUGAGAACAUAUGUCUUCACAAAGAUAGAUAUGCAAAUGUUAAUAGAUGCACAUACUCAUAAUUGCCCAAAACUGGAAACAAAUAUCCAUCAACCAGUGAAUGCAUAAACAAAACGUGCUAUAUCCAAGCAAUGGAAUAUUGUUCAACAGUAAAAAGGAAAAAAUGCUGAUAAAUGCUACAAAAUGGAUGAACUUCAAAACAUUUUACUAAGUGAAAAAAACCAGACACAAAAGACUAUUUGUCAUAUGAUUCCAUUUAUACGAAAUGUUCAGAAAAGGCAAAAUUAUAAAAGGCAUAUCAGUGGGUGCCUAGGGCUUGGGGGUGGGGAUGUGAUUUAUAUGUAAACAGGAACCUCUUCGGGUUGAUGAAAAUAUUCUAAAACUGGAUUGUGAUGAUAGUGGCACAAAUCUAUAACUUUACUAAAAUCAUUGAAGUUUACAUGUACAAUCAGUGUAUUUUGUGGUACAUAAAUUAUAUCUCAAUAAACCUGUUAAAAUAACCUUGAAAGAAAAAAAAUCUAAUCAAGACAAAAAAUUUAGAAGACAUAAUGGAAAAAAAAAUUUGAAAAUUUAAAAUUCCCUUGCUUGGAGAAAAUCACAAAGAAAUAUGUAAAGAACAGCAGCAGGCAAGGCAGAUAUUAGGCUAAAUUCCUCAUUAUGUAAAAUUGUCAACAAGUCAAUAAAUAAGUGAACAAGAAUCCAAGAGAAAUUUGGGCAAAGGAUAUAAACUAUUUACAGAAGAGAAUAUGCUGAUGGGCAAUAAAAUAUAUGCUCAAGCUCACUAAGAAUCAGAAAAAUGCAAAUCCAAAUAACAAUAUGAUGAAAUAUUUCUCCCCACAAAUUGGAAAAUGUAAUUCUUCAUUUGUUUUUCUAAUCAAGGGAUUAUAAGACUCUAUGGGAAUGGAGUAUCUCAUGUACUGUUAUUAGAAUUGUGAAUGGGUGGCAGCUUGGAGGUAUCUAUUCAGAUUCAAAAUGCAAAUGCAACAUGAUUGACAAAAACAACAAAAUCCACCCUUGAUAUGUGUUCUAAAAUAUCAGCCCUAUAUGAACCCAAGGAGGUUAGAAUUGAAAGCUUGUUUUACCAGGGUUUGGAAUAUUAAAGAUAUUCUUAAAUUCUAAAGGAAAAGAUUAAUAAAUUUGUCUUGCUUGUAAAAAUUCUGUACUUUAAAAAACUAUAAAAUACAUGAGAUAACAACAUAUUGCAGGAUGAUAUUUGGGUAUUUACAUGGCGAUGUGGGUGUAAACUGGUGUACUACUUUGGUGUUUUGGAUAAUCCAGUAUUUCCACCCUAGGUGUUCAUACUCUAGAUAAAUUCUCACAUACAUGCCCAAGAUUACAUAUUUAAAAAAAUGAUUAAUUGUACCACAGUAAUAGA